AAUUUUUCUGAUCUGAAUGAAGUGGGAAUUGGUUAAAUGUGAAACCUUUAUACAAGUCUAAAUGGCAUUACACUUUCAAAGAUUUAAUUCAAUAAUGAAAUUUUAUACCUUACUUUUUUUUGUUUUUAUAUGACUCAAUGAUAAUUUAAAGUAUGAUUUUUAACAAUUAUAUAUAGCUAUUUUUUCUCUAUAGAAAAUAUUAGUGUGUGAAUUUUAUAUACUUUUUAAAAAAAAUUGUUCCUCGACUAUUUUAAUUUUUAUUUUCUACAAAUUAUGACAAAUUUACAUACAACUUCUGAGCUUACGGAGUUCACUCCAUUAUGUCCUGAAGAUGAACAAUCUACAGUUACUUCAUUUUUUGCAAAAAUGUUUAAUUUCAAAACAAGUUCAGCAGAAAAUGAAGAAAACAAAAUUUGUAGUGCAGACAACUUAGCUAACAAUCAUGAAAACGCUGAAAAAGAAGUAACACAAUCUCUAAUGAUUGUAGAUGCUAGGAAUUUACCAAAUCUGUUAAAAAGAGUUGGUAAUUUAUUACCAAUUUAUUCUGGUGAAAAUCCAUCAUUUAAAAAUGCUGAUUUAAAACAAUAUUGGAUGCCUGAUUCUGUCAGCAAAGAAUGUUAUGAUUGUUGUGAGAAAUUUACUACAUUUCGUCGUCGUCAUCAUUGUCGUGUUUGUGGUCAAAUUUUUUGUUCAAAAUGCUGUUACCAAGAAAUACCUGGAAAAAUAAUGGGAUAUUCUGGUGAUCUUAGAGUUUGUUCAUAUUGCUGCAAAGUUGUAUUAUCAUAUUUACAAUCUGCAUCCAAUAAUGUAGUUCUUUCGCCAGACUUGAUAUCAUUAAAAAAUGAUUUACAAGCAAAAUUUAGCUGUACUGAAAUGACAAAUAAUUCAAAUUCAAGUGUAAAAUAUACAGAGAAUAAUAUAAGAUCCUUGAGUACUCCCAGUAGAAAAAUAUCUGUUGGUUAUCAAGAAGAAAAUUUUGCAUUAUCAAAAUCAAAUACUUUAAAUAGCUUAACACCAAUUUCUUCUUCUGAUGACCCAAAUACAAUGAGUAAUUUAAAUAGUUUGUUUGAAGAAAUGACUAAAAUGAAUAGUGGAUUAAAUCUUAAAACACAUAGAUAUCGUCUAAGAAACUAUCAUUCAUGUUUUCUUGGACAUAACUUAAUUGAUUGGUUAUUAAAUUGUGGAAAAGUUACUAGCCGAAUGCAUGGUGCAGCUAUUGGUCAAGUACUUUUAGAUGCUGGAUUUAUAGAGGAUGUAAUGGAAAAUCAAGGAGAUUUUCUUGAUGGAAAUUCUCUAUAUAGAUUUUGUUCUGUUCUGCCAAACAAAUCUAGUACAAAAAUCACCAACUCAACUCCAAAAAUUUAUGAAAAACAAAAUUCAAAUAUUUCAAAUGGAAGUUUCAAAUUAGAUUUAGAUCUUCAAAAUAAUACUGUUCAAAUAUCAAAACCAAAUUCCCAAAAAAUGAAACUAAAUUUUACUACUGAACCUCGUCCUAUUGAUACACUUUUGUACAAACUUCUGAUUAUUAUUUCGAAAAAAUAUAAUGUAACAAAUUUUGGACCUAUGAAAAAUUGGAAUCCCCCAAAAAAAUUAUGCAAUGAAAAUAAUGAAAAAAAAAUUUUUGAUGAUUUAAAGUGUAUUUUUGAAAACCAUAAAACAAAAUUUGUUAAACAGUCCUUAACAAAAACUGGACUUUCUGAAAAUUGGAUUGAUACUUUGUUACCUUUAGCAAACUUAGUUGUCAAUGAAGUAUGCCCUGAUUUAUCUACUGAUACAGAAAAUAUGAAUAUUUGCGAUUAUGUGCAAGUAAAAAAAUUGGAAGGAGGAGAAAGAAAUGAUAGCUGUAUAGUUAGUGGUAUUGUAUGUUCAAAAAAUAUAUCAAAUAAAGCAAUGGCAUCUAAAAUAUCUAAUCCAAAAAUAUUACUUUUACAAUGUUCAAUUAUAUAUCAACGAGUUGAAGGGAAAUUAUUGUCUUUAGAACCUGUCUUAAUGCAAGAACAAGAUUACUUUAAAAACAUUGUUUGUCGCAUUGUGUCAAUGAAACCUGAUUUAGUGUUAGUACAAAAAAGUGUUUCUCGGAUUGCCCAAGAACUUUUUAACCAAAUGGGAGUUACUCUUGUGUUAAAUGUCAAAACAUCUAUAUUAGAACGAUUAGCAAGAUGUACAGGUGCUGAAAUAUUAACUUCAGUUGAUGCUCAUAUGGGAAAACCUGUACUUGGAACAUGUCAACAAUUUUAUGUGGAACAAUUUGGAAAAAAAUCACUUAUGUUUUUUGAAGGAUGCCCUGUCCCCGAACAAGGGUGUUCAGUUUUACUCAGAGGAAGCUCUAUAAAAUGUUUAAAAAAACUAAAAAUCAUUCUAAAACAAUUAAUUUUAAUGAUUUACAAUUGGAAAUUAGAAAAAUCGUAUAUAAUGGACCAAUUUGGUACUCCUCAAAUUACUGAGAGAAAUACAAUUAAAUCAAAUGUUUUCAAACUUAAUAAUGAAAAAUUAGUUAAUGAUGAUCCUAAUUUCUUUACAAAUUCACUCAUGUCAGCAAAUCCUGAAGAAAAUGUAAUUAAUAAAUUUAAUCAUAUUUUGGAAAAUACUAUUCUUUCAUUAUCUCCAUUAGUAAACUUUACAGUACCAUUUUUGGAAUCUGAAGUUGGAAAAAAAUGUAAAUUACGAAAAUAUUUUUCUAAUCAAAUUUAUGUUUCGAAAAUGUUAAACAAUAUGAAAAAAUCAAGUAGACAUGAUAAACAAUGUAAAGAAGAAUCAGAAAUAAGUUUGAAACCUAAACAUUUGUUCAUCACGUCUAAACUUACCGAAGAUAUAAAUAAUGAUAAAGUACAAAGUAUGUUAGCAUUAUUUAGAGCCCAAGGUGGUAGAAUACAUGGUGACUCUACAAAAAACUGUUUGAAUGAAUCAAAAAAAAUGAAUAAAAAAAAUGAUAAGCUAAUUGAUGUGUUUGAUUUUAUGAAUCAUCAACGUCUACCAAUGAUGUUUUAUAGUUUUUGCCAAGAAUCUAAUAACGCUCCAUCUUUUUGUGUAGAACCUAGAUUUGUGUUUAUGGAAUUUUAUGGUGUCAAUGAUAUAUGUUUAGGAAAAUUUUUACAAAGAUAUUGUUUUCGUGAUACAUAUGAAUGUCCUUCUGAAACAUGUGAUAGUCUGAUGCUUAGGCAUGAACGUCGAUUUAUACAUGAUAGAGGUUGUUUAAGGUUAAUUUUAUCCAAUACUAAUAGUCGAUUGAUUGAACCACCAUAUAAUGAAAAUUUGAUUUACACUUGGUCAUUUUGUAAGAAAUGCUCUUUGAUUUCUCCAGUUGUGCCUAUUUCUAAUGACACUUGGUCAAUGUCAUUUGGAAAAUAUUUAGAAUUAAAGUUUCACUUUCAACCAUGUUUAUGUCGAGCAUUACCUGAUUGUUCUCAUUGUCUUAAUAGAGAUUAUAUUCAAUUUUUUGUUUAUAAUAAAACGAUUGCUUCUUUUGAAUAUUCCGAUAUAAAUUUAUGGGAAAUUAAGCUACCUAGCCUAAAAUUAAAAAUAGUACCCAUGAAAGUUUCAAGUUAUCGUCCUGAUAAAUUAGAAGAAGUUAAACAGUGGGCAAUGAUGGGACAUGAAAUAUUCAGUGCAAUUAUGGUUAAAAUAUGUUAUUUUUCUACUGAAAAUACUGCUAAUUUUUCCCCCCUAAAAGUACUAUUACAAAAAGAUCAAGCUUCAUUCAAGCAAAGAGUUGACGAUAUUCAACUAAAAAUCACUUCACCAUCAUUAACUGAUCAAGAUACAACCUAUGCUACUAUAUUAAGUACAGUUUGGAGAUUGGAUGAUUCCAUUGUAUUAUUAAAAAGAGCUGUAUGUGAAGCUAUUAUUAAUUGGAAUUCUAGACUUCUUAAAAUUGAAGUUGCUAUCAAAAAAGAAGACAAAUCUCAAAAAAAAAGUGAAACUAAAUCAUCAAAUAUGUCUGAUAUCAUAGAAGAAGUUAUGAACUUUGAAUAUACUACUACUCAAACAAAUAUUGAAGAACAUGAAAUUACAUCCGACUCCAGUCGCCAAUUAUUAGCAAUAGAAAUAGCUACAGAGCAUGAUUAUGAUCAUUUUAAUGAUUCAGACUUAAUUUUUAAUGAUAAAUAUCACUUAAAUGCUCUACAAUCACAGAGUGAUAUAACUACAGAUAGUGAUAGUGACGCUGUAGAUGAUUGUGACAACAGUAUACAAAAUGAACCAAAGUCUCAAUCAUCCAUGUCUCAAUCAGAUAAAAAAAGUGUAAAAACCAUUUUAUCUCAAUUUUUACCAUCAUCAGCACCUCCUACAGUUAUACCAAAUCCAAUAGAAUCUUCUGAACACCAUGUUUUAAAUAUAAACUGUCGAAUUCCUAUUUCCAUCUAUGAGAAAGAACCAAGCUCUAUUAUUGCUUUUACUUUAGGUUCAACUCUUUAUCAAAAUAGUUUAUCAAAUACUGAACUAAAUAUAUCCAAUGAUGAACAAAUAGAACCAGAUAAUGAUCAAGCAGAAAUUAGUGAUAAAUUAAAUUCAAAACACCAUUUUGAGAUAAGUUUCUCAGAUUCUACCACAAACUUUUUUGUUAAAGUUUAUUUUGCUAAGCAAUUUGCUAAAUUAAGAAAUUCAUUUUUUAUGUCUGGAGAAGAAAUGUAUAUUCGUUCUUUAACAAGAUGUAUAUCAUGGUCUGCUCGAGGUGGAAAAUCUGGUUCAAAGUUUUGUAAAACUAAAGAUGAUAGAUUUGUAUUGAAAGAAAUGUCAAGAUUGGAAAUUCAACCAUUUUUGGAAUUUGCUCCUCAGUAUUUUAAUUAUAUUCAUUCGUGUCAAUCUAAAGCACGACCAACACUUCUAUGUAAGAUUGUCGGAGUAUAUAAAGUUAGAUAUCGAAAUACUGUUAGAGGAUCAUCUUUCAACUCAAAUUUGUUAGUUAUGGAAAAUCUAUUUUACAAUAAGAAUAUUUCUCAUAUUUUUGAUUUGAAGGGUUCUGUUAGAAAUAGAUUAGUAGAUCCAAGUUCUCAAGAUGGAGAAGUGGUAUUGUUAGAUGAGAACCUAAUUAAAAUGUCAUGUGAAACUCCAUUGUAUGUCUAUCCACAUUCCAAGAUUAUUUUGAAUCAAGCAAUUAAUGAUGAUGCAGAAUUUCUUACUUCACAACUGGUAAUGGAUUAUUCACUUUUGGUAGGUCUUGAUGAUAAUUCUGGACAAUUAGUUUUAGGCAUAAUAGAUUAUAUUCGAACAUUUACGUGGGACAAAAAAUUAGAGACUAUGGUUAAAAAAUCAGGACUUUUAGGUGGUCAAGGAAAAUUACCAACGAUUAUUUCUCCUGAAGAAUAUAAAAAUAGAUUUGUAACAGCUAUGAAUUUAUACUUUUUAUCUGUACCAAACAGAUGGACGGGUAUGGCUAAAGGAUUUGAACAUCGGUUUUAAACAAUAUAUUUUAAUAUUAUUUCUGUGAUAUUGUUGAAGUAUUCUUUUGUGUUAUUAAUUUAAUUUGAAAACCAAAUAGUUAAAUUUGUUUCUCGGUCUUAACAAAUUAAUGUACUUGUUCAAAAUUAUAAAAUUAUUAUAUAACAAAAUUUUGUUUUACUCAUAUAAAAAAUAGUAAUAAACAAUGUUAAUGUUUUUGUCAAU